GCUCGCGGGCAAGAAGAUCCAGAACAAGCCCGUCUGAAGCAGAAAGCAAAGGAGAUGCAGCAGCAGGAACUCGCCCAAAUGAGACAACGAGACGCCAAUCUAACGGCACUCGCCGCCAUCGGCCCUCGGAAGAAACGCAAAGUGGACUCGCCAGGAGCCACGACCACAGGCAUCGAGGUGUCGGGGAGUUCGGCGGGUUCUCCGGCCGGAUCGUCGGCCUCCUCCGGCUCGUCACGACAGUAUUCCCGACAGAGAAUCACACGUGUCAAUCUCAGGGACUUCAUCUUCUACAUGGAGCAGGAGCGAGAGACCAGCAGAUCUCUCCUUCUGUAUCGAGCUCUCCUGAAGUAGUGUACACUAACUGAGCUCUGCACACUACAGACCAACACUUCCUUCUCAGCCCUGCGACGUGCCUUCAGCCCCAUCAGUGUCCGUGAUCUCAGCGUUGCUUUUCAUACACAAAGGUUUGAAAAAAAAAGAGAAACAACUAAGAUGUGCUUCACGUUUCCUGUUUUCUCCUUAACUUUAUUAGGUAAAUUGUAUUUAUGAUAGUGAAUUUUAAGGCUUGUCUCUCUGGCUUUGAGCCGAGGAGCGUUUGUUUGUUGUUUGUUUGUUUGGUUUUUGUGUAUGAAUGAAUCUGAAACUGCAAAUAUCAUCACUUUCUUUAUCAGUAUUUUUAUUUAGUUUUCCCAGAAAUAAAAAUAUUCUAAAAACAAAAAGUUUAGGCGUAAAACAAAA